GUGUCUUUCGAAGCCCCGCGUUAUCGACAGUCCCCCGACUCCGUUUGGAUUUCCGCACCGCCAACUCAACUUCAUCCACUUCCUCUUCUUCCUAUCUCCCAACUUCUUCUCUCCUUCACUCUUGAUUAUCGAUUUCUCUCAACCAUCGGUCUUUGCUCAUCCACACACAAACAUCUACUUUACCAUUUCUGCCCCCUCCCGCUUUGUGGCACUUCCACUCCCCCAACACCAUCCACCAUGAAUCCCCACCAGCAGAACAAAGUCGAUAUCAACUCGAUGAGCCCAGAGGAGCAGCGUCUGCUGCGUCUCUACGGCAAAAUGCCCACCAAGAAAGAUCUCCUCCAGAACAAGCUCAAGGAGCGCAAAUACUUCGACUCGGGCGACUACGCCCUCAGCAAAGCUGGCAAAGCCUCGGAUGUCGGCGUCACCAGCAUUGGCUCCCGCCACCCGGUCCCGGAGAACAUCCCCCAUCUCACUGCGACUUCGCCAGGUGCCGCGAACCCCGGUGGCUCCGGCAAUGGAGGUAGCAUGGCAGGCAUCGGCCAACAGAUCCCCGGCAGCAUCAGCGGACACCCAGGCUCGAUCGGCUUCCAGAGCCGCUCGCCCGUGAAGGAGGGUAGUUACCUGCACCGUGGAUCGAGUCUCAGUGAGGGCUCGAUGGGUAUGGAUGACAAUGGCGCUGGUAGUAGCAAUGAGGGCAAGGAUCCCAGUGUCAGCCCACCACCCGCAAGGGAAGGUGUCCCCAUCCGCCAGUGAUGUAGGGAUGGAGAGGACAGAUGAGGUGUAUUGUCUGAGCUGUUACCGGGUAGAACCUGGUUCAGACUUGAGACUUGAUUUGUUCCUGAUGGAGCAUUUACAUUGCAUGGCUUCUUUGGUACCCCGCUUUGAUUUUUGUUUUUCUUUUGUGGAUUCCCACUGUUUUAGGUUGGGUCUGGGAGGGAUUGAGGGUUUAUCUCGAUCUGCUAUCUGCGAUAUGAUACUAUGUUUCUCUUUUUUUGGUCUUUUCGGGUUCAAAAGCCUGGCGCUAUGGGAUUGUUAGGUUUUUUUACUUUUGCGAGGUGGUGCACUGCGGGACAGGGCAAUUGUUGGACAGCUGGGAAAACAAAGCAAGUGAAAAACUCAUCUUGAAAACACAUAUUGAAAGGGAAUGAGAAGAAAUUACCUGGAAGGAGAGAGACUACUGGGACUGGACACGGGUAUGGGUAUGGGAUAUCAAGGCCGAGGUACUCAUGCAUACUUGAAGAAGUAUAUUCGCCCAACACCCGGAACGUCCUUGUGCCCAGGUCAUCGAUUCAAUUCUUAUUAUUUCCUUACUUUCUUCAGCUUGUUUAUACUUGAGUUCAUGCGAUAUUCAUCUCCAUCUCCAUCUUCAUCUGUAUUAUUGUUACUCGUUACUGUCAUUCCAUCUCGGACGUUUUCUUUUCUAAACAAUUUGCAUAUUACGCUUACGCUUACGCUGUAUCUGUUUCUCGUUUCUCCUUCUCGAGUUGAUCUGCUUUGUUGCACUAGUCAUGCUUCUGUUUCUUUUAGUUUCC